AUGGAAUUCCAAGUCGCAUCGUCUUCGCUUCAUCCCUUGUUUUGUGUCGAAUGCAGUGAUCAGGAGGCUUCGGUAUUCUGUGAGCAAUGCGACGAAGACUUUUGUGAAGUAUGCCACGCUAUGCUUCAUCGCACUGGCAACCGCCGUAAACACACAGCACGCAACCUCAAGGUCGACACACCUCUUAAAGAUACUGGAGCAGCUGCUGCUGAUGCCAUGAGCUUAAUUGAUACAGAAAAGCCAAAGGAGGAUGAGAAACAACCAGUGACGCUCGAAUUGGAUGGUACCAUCAUUCAAAGUGGUAGUAGUUCAACGUUUGGACAAUGGAUGGAGAAAAGAGCAAAAUAUGUCCCUCUUCGAUUGGAUUCGUAUGAACGCAACCUGCUACGAUUAUUGGAUGCGGCCUUGAACGUUUCCGAAUACACAGAUAAGAUUGAUAUCUUGACUUACGCCAACAAGACGAGGAGAAUCGUGACACAAAUCCGUGAUCUAUGUGCCAUCAUCGCAGGUCUUUUGGUGGCCGGCGACUACAAGCUUGGCAAUCAAUUAUUUUCUGAAUCCAGCCCAAAGCAAAACGAGCUAUUUUAUCAGCAAAUCUUUGAAGUGGGAAGAAGACACAAGAUCAUGAAUCCAGAAAAGCUGCGAUCCAAUUAUGGCAAGCUCAUGUAUAUGCUCAUGGAUUCCACUGCACCUGAUGUUGAAGAUGCUCUUGGAUUCACGUGUGUUGUGCCAAUCAAGACCGUUUACGAUUUCUUGGAGUCCAAAGACAGCCUCGAACUUUUACAUGACGACAUGAUUGCCCUUGCCACCCGUGAGAUCAAUCCUGAAUUCAAGUCAAGAACCCAAAUCAGUGCUGAAGUGGAUCGCAAACGACGUGCUGUUCAAGUGUUGAGUGAAAAGUACGCCAAUGAUCGUAUAUCGGCAGACGACAUUGCACGUUGUGUGGCAUCCUUGUCCGACAAUCACGCAUACUUGAAAGCCAACAGGGAUCCUUGCGAGAAGAUGAUAAAGUACCUCACAAAGUACUUUAAUCGUGACAAGACUGAAAGCGGCUAUUCACUUGCCAUCAUUGCUGGACGACAUGGUCAUCGACUUACUCACACGCACAAGACCCAAUACGAAUACGUUUACCAAUCACUAUCUCUGUGGCGGGAAAUUGUGCAUGAAAUGUUUAUGCUUUGGAGUUUAUCCGAUGAAGAUCUCUUAUCCUCGAGCCCAUAUCGGCUGACCAACACGGGUCAAGGCCUGCAACGUAUACAACCAUGCCGCAACAUUGGAAUGGCGAUGCAUAAGAUCCUUAGCCGAACGCAAAAAAAGAGUGGUUCAUGGGUUGGCAGCAGCGCUGUACAUCUUGGUGAUAGAGAUGUUCCCAAUGCAUUCAUGUUUAUUGACAAGUACAAUCAAGUAUCCAGAAUUCUCACACCUAUCGUCAACACACUCGAUCGGAUAGAUCAGAUUGCAGAAGAUCCAGCAAUAGCAGCGUAUAUCAAUGAGCAGUAUGGAAGCGUCGAGAAUUGCCGAAAGGACAUUUGCUUCGACUUUUUCACGUAUGGCUUUGAUGGAUCUGGUGCCGACAAUUACUUUGAUGCUGGUAGCUGCAUCGAUGGACGAUUGACGUCUGCAUGGAAUUGGUGUUCGCAAAUAGAGAAGAAACGGUUCUUUCCGAUUUUCCUCCUUACAGGCUUUAUUGGAUUUGAUGGUGGCGAAUGGAAUUAG